GUUUUUCCUACAGCCAAUGGCUUUCGGUGACGAUAACACGGGUACCGUUGGCGAAGAUGAUGGUGGAGGCAGCCGCACUCAACCAGCUGUUGAGACUGCAUAGCCCACGGCUCCCGGGGACGAUAAUAUGGACACCAGCGGUGAAGGUGAUGCCGGAGGCAGCAGAAGCAAACUGCCUGUUGAGACAGCACGUGCUCAUGCUCGAAAUCCGCAAAAAGACGCAGAUUCUAUAAACGGGCUGCAAAGCACACGAAGCCACCUGGUGGACCAGAGGAAGGUCAAGAACAAGAUCUGCAAGUUGAAGAACAAGCCCCGCAAGUUGAAGAACAAGCCUCGCAAGUUGAAGAACAAGCUGCGCAAGUUGAAGAAGGAGCCGCGCAAUAGAUUGCAAGAAAAGGGAAGGGACUCAGAGCUAGAGCUCCUGACCCCAAGAAUGAAUCGGGCCUCGCCCUCCAGGCUUUUCAAGCUGAAUGAGUUGCUCAACGACAAUCAAAUCAAAGUCACUGAGAAUUAUGGUUUUGGGGGGCUAACAUACGUCCCAGCAACCAUGUCUGAUAAAAUGACCAAGUAUCUCAUGUCGUGCUACCACGCCGACUCCUGCGAGAUGGUAUUCCUAGAGAGGGGCAAGAUCGCCGUGGAUGCAAACAGUGUGAAGUGGAUCUGAGAUCUUUGUAAAAAGGGGAGGCCGGUGCCAUACGUGGUAGAUCAGGACGCCAACCACACCAUCAUUGAAAUGUAUGGCAUGGAGAAUGCCAAAUCAGCACAGCUGUCCACCUGGGUCGAUAUGAUAAAGGACAUGAACGGGACAGCAGAUGACAACUUUUUUAGAGCAUGGCUCAUCACAGCGAUCAGCGGGUUCUUCCGCCCCAGCACCAGCACAAAAGUGAGCCCACAAAGCUUUCCGGCGGUGCUCGACCUAACAAAGUUGUCAGAUUUGGGUUUCUGUCAAUUUGUGGUAGAUUCUAUCCAACACGCAUUCCUUGAUCUUGGUGACAAGAAAAAUUCGAUGUCGUGUUGUGUAUUUCAUCUUCUGCAGAUGUUAUACCUGGACUCCCUUGCCCACGGCGAGCACAUCACCGGCUGCAGGAUGAGGGUUCAAGCAUGGACCCCAGCUCUUAUUAAGAAAGUCAUGAAGAAGUACACAAAGGAGGAUGGGCAGUUCGGCAAGUUGCCGCUAAAGGACGUCUAUGCUGGAGCAACUCAGGUCGAAGAAACAAAUGUAUUGUAUGGAGGACCAGCUGCUGCGGGAAAGUUUGUCGCAUCUAAACUACCAACGAACACAAGUGCAAAUAAGAAGAGGAAAAUUGCUGAUCUUGUCAACAGCUUUUGCACUGAUAUCUCAAAGCACAUAUCAAUGAAGAUGAGUGCGUUCGUGCAAGGCAUAGCAAAGAUAUAUGAGGAAUCUGAUGGAGCAAGCAGCAGUAACCCUACAAGGAAGAGGCCUCGCACGGAGGAUGACGAAAGCGAGUUUGAAGACAGCGAAGACAGUGUAGAAGAAGAUGAAGAGGGGGCAACGGGUGACGAUGACGAUCACACCGGAGAUACCAGCAAUGAGCACACCAGCUCCGAGGAGUCCGGCAGCGACGGUGACGGCGCCGGCAAAGGUACAGAAGAGGCGGCACCAAGGAAUGACGAAGGCAACAGCAAUGGCAAAGAUGACGACGACGAAGAAGAUGAAGAAGAAGACGACAAAGAAGAUGAAGAUGGGACAGGCGAAGAAGGCAACACCAGCGGCGAAGAUGACGACGAUGACCAAAGCGGAUCCGGAGGUGUCGCCGAGGGCGAG